UGGGGUGAAAGCGGAGCAUGGAAUCCUCAGAGCAGCAGCAGCCGCCAUGUCUGAUAUGGGCCAAAAUGUCCCUCAAAAAUAUAUUUAAUCUCGCUGCCAGUUCUGCCUUCAUAGACUACUGACGUACUUCCGCCCUCAUUUGGUGCACAAGCAAAAACAUACCGACCAGAGAGGACAGCAUUUGACUGCGAUCGGGAGUGGCCCUUCUUCUGGGCCCUAAGAAAGAUUUGGCCCUGUUAAUGUCAGCUUUGGAUUCAGCAAUCCUUAAACCAAGCAGUAUGUGUGUGUAAAUAGAUUUCUUCAGUAAUUGGACCUAAGCAUAUGCAGAAAUGUUUGGCGCAGCUCAAGUUUCGAAGGACCAGUUCUUAGACAAAGCCAGGCAAGCUCGUGAAGAGAGAAAAGGUCUUAAAGAGAAAGAAAGGGCAGCAAUCAAAAUUCAGGCACUUAUUAGAAGGUUUUUGUGCAGAUGUCGACUACAGAAAGAAAUCCGACAAGAAGUUGAUGAUUUUCUAGAAAACACAGAAAAAGGUUCAGUCAAAGCCAAUGCACUUUCAAUAUUCCGGAUAUCUCGUAAGCUGCUGAUAGUAUUUCAGAUUUCUCAGGACAGGGUGAGGUUUGAAAAACUUUGUCGGUGUAUUCUCAACAGCAUGGAGAGUGACAAUGAACCAAAGGUUUGGUUUGUGUCUCUUGCUCUUUCCAAGGAUCUCACUCUUCUCUGGAUAAAGCAGAUAAAAGACAUUCUGUGGCACUGUUGUGAAUUCCUUAAACAGUUAAAGCCAGAUAUCCUGCAGGACUCCAAGCUGAUCACAGUCUACCUCACUAUGCUGGUCACCUUUACAGACACCUUAACCUGGAAAAUACUUAGAGGAAAAGGUGAGAGCCUGAGACCAGCAAUGAACCACAUCUGUGCAAAUAUUAUGGGACACCUUAACCAGAAAGGAUUUUAUUCUGUGCUACAGAUACUGUUAACCAAUGGCCUGGCCAGAUCACGACCCUCCUUGUCCAAAGGCACGCUAACAGCUCUGUUUUCAUUGGCAUUGCGUCCAGUAGUAGCAGCUCAAUUUUCUGACAACCUUCUUCGAUCCUUUCUGAUCCACAUAAUGUCUGUACCAGCUUUGGUUUUCCACCUGUAUACCCUUACUCCAGAUAGGCUUUCGGUAAUAGAAUCUAAUGGCCUCUUCCAUAAAUUCAUCUUGUUCCUGAGCCGGGAGGAUCAGUGCAGUGAUGUGUGCGUGUGCCUUGAGGGUAGCCAUACUCUUUGUUUACUAGGUAACCUCAUUCACCUGGGCCACAUGACAGAGAAGGUGCUGGAGGAGGAGAUGUGUCACUUUGUCAGUGUCCUUACCCAAAUGUUAUCUUAUUGCCAGAAAUAUGUGUCUCAGAAGAAGUCCAAUCUUACACACUGGCAUCCUGUUCUGGGCUGGUUCUCCCAGACGGUGGACUAUGGCCUCAACGAGUCCAUGCCUUUACUUACCAAGCAACUGCAAUAUCUGUGGGGUGUCCACAUGAUCCGUAAUUUGUUCCGUGAGGUCCUGAGUAAGAAGUUGGCAGAAAACCAAGAUGCGUCUGUCGUUGCAUCACAAAGUUCAUCUUCCUCCCCACAGAAUAACCUACCUAUGAAAAAUCUCUUUAAACGAGCGUUCCAGAAAUCUGCUUCUGUUCGACACAUACUUAAACCAAUUGGGGGGAAAAAGGUGGAUUCUCCAGAAGUGCAAAAAGUUUGCAACAUCUGCGUUUUGUACCAGAUGGCGUUAACAACCCUGUCACAAAUACGGCUACAGAUUCUCACAGGGCUUACCUAUCUGGAUGACCUUUUGCCUAAGUUGUGGGCAUUUAUAUGUGAACUUGGACCUCAGGGAGGUCUAAAACUCUUCCUGGAAUGUCUGAGCAGCGACACAGAGGAGUCCCGUAGACUUUUAGCCAUGCUGGUUUUGUUCUGCGACUGCUCUAGGCAUUUAAUUACGAUUUUGGAUGAUAUUGAGGUGUACGAAGAACAGGUAUCAUUUAAACUAGAGGAACUUGUGACCAUUUCCUCCUUUCUGAACUCCUUUGUGUUCAAGAUGAUCUGGGAUGGACUUCUUGAGAAUGCCAAAGGAGAGACUCUGGAGCUGUUCCACUCUGUGCAUGGUUGGCUCAUGGUCCUGUAUGAAAGAGACUGUCGUAGGCGCUUUGCCCCAGAGGAUCAUUGGCUGCGCAAGGAUCUUAAACCAACCCUUCUGUUCCAAGAACUGGAUAAGGAAAGGAAGAGAGCCCAACUCCUACUUCAGUAUAUCCCUCAUGUCAUCCCACACAAGAAUAGGGUCCUCUUGUUCCGAAAUAUUGUCACCAAGGAAAAGGAGAAGUUGGGUUUAGUGGAAACAAACACUGCCUCCCCACAUGUCACCCAUAUUACCAUUCGAAGGUCACGUAUGUUAGAGGAUGGAUACGACCAACUAAGGCAGCUUUCCCAGAAUGCCAUGAAAGGUGUCAUACGUGUAAAGUUUGUGAACGAUCUAGGAGUAGAUGAGGCUGGGAUAGACCAGGAUGGUGUCUUUAAAGAGUUCUUAGAGGAAAUUAUCAAGAGAGUAUUUGACCCUGCACUGAAUCUUUUCAAGACCACUAGUUCUGGAGAUAGGUUGUACCCAUCUCCUACAUCGUAUAUACAUGAAAACUACCUCCAACUGUUUGAAUUUGUAGGAAAGAUGCUGGGAAAAGCAGUGUAUGAGGGUAUAGUGGUGGAUGUACCAUUUGCAUCAUUCUUUCUUAGCCAGCUUCUUGGGCACCAUCAUAGCAUUUUCUACAGCUCCGUGGAUGAGCUGCCUUCCUUGGACUCUGAAUUCUACAAGAACCUCACUUCCAUCAAGCGAUAUGAUGGGGAUAUUGGUGAUUUGGGACUUACGCUUUCAUACGACGAGGAUGUUAUGGGUCAGCUGGUCUGUCAUGAGUUGAUCCCAGGUGGGAAAUCUAUGCCAGUGACCAAUGAAAACAAAAUCAGUUAUAUCCACCUUAUGGCUCAUUUCCGAAUGCACACGCAGAUUAAGAACCAGACAGUUGCCUUCAUUAAUGGAUUCCACUCUAUCAUAAGGCCUGAGUGGAUCCGCAUGUUCUCAGCACCAGAGCUGCAACGUCUCAUAUCAGGGGACAAUGCAGAGAUUGACCUGGAUGAUCUCAAGAAACACACCGUCUACUAUGGAGGGUUUCAUGGAAGUCACCGUGUCAUUAUCUGGCUGUGGGAUAUUCUGGCCAAUGAUUUCUCCUCUGAAGAAAAAGCCAUGUUUCUUAAGUUUGUCACCAGUUGCUCACGGCCUCCCCUUCUGGGAUUUGCCUACCUCAAGCCUCCCUUCUCCAUUCGCUGUGUAGAGGUGUCAGAUGAUCAGGAUACAGGUGACACCCUGGGCAGUGUUCUACGUGGGUUCUUCACCAUCCGAAAAAAAGAGCCUGGUGGCCGCCUUCCCACUUCCUCCACUUGCUUCAAUCUCCUGAAGCUUCCCAACUACAGUAAAAAAGGAAUUCUACGGGAGAAGCUACGCUAUUCUAUCAGCAUGAACACUGGCUUUGAGCUCUCCUAGUGUUUCAUUGCAAGAAAUGUCAUCACUGAAAUGAAAUUGGUUGCAAUGCCUAUGAUAACAUCUUUAAAAUAUGCAGUUCUUUUACAGAUUUAUUUUUGAGGUUUCUAAUUUUACUUCUUUUCUGCCUCAAGAAUCUAGCAGUAUUUUUUUAGGGAUUCUCUUUCCAAAUACCUAUUGUUUUUCAUCACUCUUCCCCUGAUGUCGUCUUGUAUGCAUAUAGCUGACCGACCAUCACAUGACAGGAUCAAAUAGUCUGCUGUAGGCCGUCAGAACCCUUGUUCAUACCCAUUAGCUCUCUUAUUAGAAAGUGGAACUGGCUAAAUUGCACUAUAUGAAUUUAUAUGGAAACACUGGUAGGGUUUAAAAAAAAUGGUUAAAAAAUCAUAUAUAUAUUAAAUAUACACAUGGAAUUGCAAUAGAGAACUAAAGACCUAUACCAAACUAAUAAAUUAACCCAGGCUCAACACAUAAUUUUAAUAUAGGGUGAAUAGUAUGAAUAGUAUUGUAUUGGAAUUUGUUUAUCAAGUCCCAGAGAUGGUUUGGGACCUGUUAUCCAGAAUGCUUGGGACCUGGUGUUUUCUAGAUAAGGGAUCAUUACGUAAUUUGGAUCUUCAUACCUUAAGUCUACUAGAAAAUCUUGUAAACAUUAAAUAAACCCAGUAGAAUUGUUUUGCUUCCAAUAAGGAUUAAUUAUA